AAUCCCUGCACGAUGGAACUAACAAGAGUUGUAUUCAUCAUUCUAAUGUCGGUGUGUGGUGUCAGAGACGUACAUGCUGAUACAAGUUUCCCAGCCUUCUCUAAAAAAUUAAACCUGCUUGACAGAACGAUCCAGGCGUGGAAAGGCACAGUUGUUGAUUUGAGGAAUGAAAUAAGUAACAACUUUGACUUGCUGGAAUUAUCACUGAAAGAAGAACUGACUAACACGUUCAUCCCUGCCUUGAUAAAACCUCUAGUGAAGCAAGCGAUUACAGACAGUCUGAAAGGAGACUACAUUGGGAAUAUUAUCCGUGGACGUGUUCUCGAUGUAGUUAACAGUCUGAAAGCAAGGGUGCAUAACACAAAGACACAACUUCGCUCAGUUAAACGACAGUUCAGAAAAGUUAAACGGGAACGAGACAUGUUCAAAAAGAGUCUUGGCAAAUUACGAGGCGAGCUGACCAAAGACAUUCAUAGGGACUUGCUGGGAAUACAGCAAAGAAUACAGGAACUUGAGGAAAGUGAUGCGCUGCGUGGAAAACACAUCCAGGACUUGACGGAACAAAAUCAAAAAGCCUCGAGUGAUCCGAGUCGGACCAAGGGGACACCAGUGACAACACAAAAGCCUGCUACACAGGCGACUCCAUCACCAGCAGACUGCCGCCACCAUUGUGACGCCAGCGAGAACGGGAACCUGGAGGAGGUGAAGCGGCUCCUGUCACUGAACGUCAACGUCAACUGUAGGGGAAGGUUGAGAAGGACACCUGUGAUGAGGGCAGCAUGGGGGGGACACAGAGACGUGGUGGAGCUCCUGGUGAGUAGAGGAGCUGAUGUGUCACUGGUGGACAGGAACGGUGACAACAUCUUUCACCUCACUUGUUGGGGAGGAGACAUGGAGACGGUGAAGUUUGUGCUGUCACUGAACGUCGACAUCAACAGUAGAGGAUGGAGGAGCUUGACACCGGUGAUGAGGGCAGCAAUCGAUGGACACAGAGACGUGGUGGAGCUCCUGGUGAGUAAAGAAGCCAAUGCAUCACUGGUGGAUGAGGGCGGUGACAACAUCCUUCACCUCGCCUGUAGUGGAGGAGACAUGGAGACGGUGGGGUUUGUGCUGUCACUGAACGUGGUGGGCAUCAACAGUAGAGGAUGGAGGAGCAUGACAUCAGUGAUGUGGGCAGCACUGAGGGGAAACAGAGACGUGUUAGAGCUCCUGGUGAGUAAAGGAGCCAAUGUGUCACUGGAAGACGAGGAUGGUGACAACAUCUUUCACCAUGCCUGUAGUGGAGGAUACAUUGAGACAGUGGAGUUUGUGCUGUCACUGAACGUGGUGGACAUCAACAGUAGAGGAUGGAGGAGCUUGACACCGGUGAUGAGGGCAGCAUGGGAGGGACACGGAGACGUGGUGAAGCUCCUGGUGAAUAAAGGAGCCGAUGUGUCACUGGUGGACAAGUACGGUGACAACAUCCUUCACCUCGCCUGUUUUGGAGGAGACAUGGAGACGGUGGAGUUUGUGCUGUCUCUGAGCGUAGUCGACAUCGACGCCAAGAACAACUUGGGGGAGACAGCGGCGGACGUGGCGAGAGACUGGGGACAUCAGCGAGUGGCGGAUCUGCUGGAGUCCCGCGGCGCUCAGUGACGUCAGUGUCGUGUUUGUGUAGACGGUGAAGGAGACGCUUACAGUGACGUGGUGUGCCGUUCACGUCGUUGUGUGUAAAUAUGUCAUGAUUAGGGUGAAACUGCUUGUUGGAGAAAAUACAACUUGUAAAAAGUU